AUGAAUUUAAUUGUUUAUACUUCUACACUAGUAUGGUUAAUCAUCACUAGGAAACAUUGACUGGUUGUAUAAAUAUGCUUUCUAGGGUUAGGUUUUUCCAGAAAACACCAAGAUGACCUAGCUCUUCCUUAUUCUCUCUCUCUCUCCCCCCUCCCCGGUUCUAUUGUGUCUUCUGAGAUCAGUUUUGAAUUUCUAAUUAUUACCUUGAAACUCAAGGGCAUUUGAGAGAGUAAAUUUAAAGAAGGAAUGAAGGAGUGUCAAGCUAACCUGAAGAGUGAUGAUCACACUUCAAGGAGCUCUACAAACUCAUUAUUUACAAUUAGGACUGUGAGAUAUGGAGAGUGCCAAAAGAAUCAAGCGGCAAAUGUAGGAGGAUAUGCUGUUGAUGGCUGCAGAGAAUUCAUCCCAUGUGCAGAUGAGGGAAGCAAUGGUGCACUAACCUGUGCUGCCUGUGGCUGUCACAGAAACUUCCACAGAAGAGAAGUCGAAACCGAGGUAGUUUCCGACUGUUCUUCCUCUUCUUCAAACUGCUGCAGAUAGAGUAAUUAAGAUUAAUACUACAGACAUGUGACAUAAACAUCUGGUGUGUGUGUGUGUGUGUCUGUGUUUUUAUGUUUUUCUUCAAACAUCCACAGAUGAUGUUUGUCUUUCUCUUCUUUUCUUCUUUCCGAAAUUCACCUGUGUGCCUAUGUGGAAAGUCUAAAAAACCAAGUAGGGAUAGAGAAUGAGACGUGCUGAUAUUACUUCAGACAUAAAAGGGGUAAAAAUAUGGAGGACUCGAACAGAACUUUUUGAUUAUUGUUUCUGCAACCUUUUGUGAUCACAGAUUGUUGUAAGGCGUUCUAUGGAGAAUGGACAGCAGUAAUCACUAUUAUAAUUAUAUAUGGAAAUUAUUUCUGUUGAAGAGAUA